GAAGUGGAGAGUAGGGCGUGAAGGUCUUACGACAAACAGGUCGACCUCUAAAGACUCUUGUCUGAGAGGCCCAGAAGAGGAGGGAGAGGAAAGAAAAGGAGUCAGGAAUGGCUCUUUCUCAGGAACAGUUGACUUUCGAGGAUGUGGUCAUCGAUUUCUCUCAGGAGGAGUGGGAAUGCCUGGACCCUGGUCAGAGGGCCUUGUACAGAGACGUGAUGUUGGAGACCUACAGGAACCUGCUCUCCCUGGAUCUCUCUCCUAUACAUGUGAUCAAGCAGUUACAACCAAAAAUGAGCAGCAAUAUAGGAGAAGUAUUCCAAACAGUGAUGCUGGGAAGGCCUGAAAGUCAUGAAAUCAAACAUUUUUACCUCAGGGAAAUGCAUGAAAAUAUUUAUGACUUUGAGUCUCAGCAGAGAGGUGAUGAAAGAAAUUAUAAAGAAAUGCCUAUAACUCAUAACAAAAAUCUCACUGAUGGAAGACAUUGCCAUUGUAGAUGGGAUGCAGGAAUCAAGCCCAUUGGAAACAGGCUUGGAUUAAACUUUCAGGAUGAACUCCAUAUAAUGAGAAGUGAAGGGGAAAUUUAUGAAUUUAAUCAAGCUGACAAGACAAUCAACAGUAGUGCCUCAUUUUCACCAUUUCACAUAAUUCCUCCUAGUGUUCAAACCAGUAUUUCUAAUACAAAUGAGAAUGAUUUUAUGCAUCCCUCAAUACUGACACAAGACAAGAAAGCCCACAGCAAAAGAUGUUACAAGUGUAAUGAGUGUAACGAAACCUUCCUUAACAGCUCAAACCUCACUAGACAUCAGAGAAUCCACACAGGAGCGAAAGUGUAUAAACGUGAUAUAUGUGGUAAAAUCUUUGGUCAAAAUUCACACCUUGUGGGUCAUGGGGAAAGUCAUGCUGUAGAGAAAUGUUACAAGUGUAAUGAGUGUGGCAAAACGUUUAGUCGUGGCUUACACCUCACUCAACAUCAAAUAAUCCACACAGGAGAGAAACCAUAUAAAUGUGAUGUAUGUGGCAAAGUCUUCAGUCGAAAUUCAGUCCUUGCAAAUCAUCAGAGAAUUCAUACUGAAGAGAAACCGUACAGAUGUAAUGAAUGUGGAAAAACCUUUAAUCACCGUUCAAACCUCAUUAGACAUCAGAAAAUUCAUACAGGAAAGAAGUUAUAUGAAUGUGAUACGUGUAGUAAAGUCUUCAGUCAAAAUUCAAACCUUGCAGUUCAUCGGAGGGUUCAUACUGGGGAGAAACCUUAUAAAUGUAAUGAGUGUGGCAAGGUUUUUAGUCUAUAUGCAACCCUUGCAAGCCAUCAGAGAGUUCAUACUGGAGAGAAACCUUACAGAUGUAAUGAGUGUGGAAAAACCUUUAAUUACCGCUCAAACCUCAUUAGACAUCAGAAAAUUCAUACAGGAAAGAAGUUAUACUGACUUUCUCCCCCUACCUCUUCAGAACAAUUCCUCAGAGCUAUCUGAGACACUGUCUCCUAGAUUAUAGCGCUCAUUUUGCCCCAAAUAAAAUA